AUGCAACACUCGUUGGAAUCGUGGCCUUAUGACCACGAAAAACAUGUACACCAUUGCAGCUUCAAUUUGGAGAGGCGAUGGACGACCCAAUGUCUUUACAAUACAAAGCGCCACCUCAAAUGCGGCUGCCAUGCUCUCGCUGGUGAAGGCAUAAAGAUACCCACAGGAUAUUCUACUUAUGGUUUAUCUGGAACUUUUGAUUGGGGAAGAUAUGAAUUCAAUGCAACUCAUGUAAGAAGGUUUAGAUCAUGUGAGAGAUGUGCGGCGUUACAAUUCAAAAAAGACGCUGUUUAUUAUUAUUAUGCAAACGUUUUAGUAACUUACUUGGCUAUUGGAAGGUGGCCAAUACAUGUGUUGAUCUAUAAGUGUGAGAUCUCCCUGAGUGCCCUAGAUAAGCUAUAA